AUGCUGUACAUGUAUCACACUGGGCAGAUCAAGAUGUCAUGGAAGAUAAAAUACAGGGCUUCUGAGUUACAUUGUACAACCACUGGCCCACGUGUUAUAGCACCAACUAAUGUCAGAGAAACCAUUGAAGAACUAGAUGUACAGUUGUGCUCAGAGUGUAUCUAUAUGAACCAUUCUAACACCCUCCCCAUCACUCCCGCGGGCGUGCAGUGUAUGGCGUGGGCGUUUAGAGUGAACGCUGGCGCGGUAUACAAGCCAGGUGUUCUUAAGACGUGGUUCAAGGUGUUAAUCUCUUCUCUGGACUGUCUCCUGGUCGUCUUGGCUCUCCUCGGCAACACCGCCACCUUACUUAUCCUCAACCAUCUCAGGAAACAAAACAUUAGGCUGAGCUGUUUGCUGGGGUCACUGGUGAUGAGUGACCUCCUGACCGUCAUCAGUUUAGUGACCUUUGACCUUCCACACCUCUGGCACGACGACUUUGUGUGGGUCCUGGGGCGAGGCACAUGCAAGGUGGCAGCCUUCCUACAGGCCGUAGCUGUGCUGGUCAACAGUACGACGCUCAUCGCCAUCGCUGUUGACCGCUAUCUGACCAUCGUACUCGCUCACCGCCACACACCUUGGCCUGAGUGGCGCCUCUCUCACGCCAUAGCCUUCGUCAGCAUAGUGUUCCCCCUCUCCUGCGGUGUGAGUGCACCGUACGUGGUGUACUACGGACUGGGAGGGCCGUAUUUGGGUUACUCUAUGAACGGCAACCUGACGAUGACACUGACGUGCCCGGAUUACUUCUGCUGGAGCGAGGAGGCGUCGAUCCACCGCUACCAGGUGGCGCUGGUCUGCAUCACCUUCUUGCCUCUCCUCUUCACCUUCUGCGCCUGUUACACCAUCGUGAUCCACUUCCUACGCGGCCAACCCACUCUGAGUCACGGCCACACCAGGCAGCUCGCCAGGACCCACAAGGUGAUGGUGACAGUGACGGCCAUCAUGGUAAUAUUCGUAGUGUGUCGGCUCCCGGCGUGGGUGUUGCUGCUACUGCCCCAACCAACGGGCUCCCACCAAGCCUCCAGCCGCCUCGCCUUCAGCUACGCCCACUACAGUCUUCACACCCUUACCCUGUGUGCCCCCGCUUUCAACCCCUUCCUCUACUCCCUCGUCCACCAGUCCUGCCGUCACCACCUCCCAGCACCCUUGGCCUGGGCACUCCGAGGAAUCUCUACUCCUAACAAGCGUGUGGCACCACAGCGGGUGGCCGCCACAACACAGCCAUCAGGCACCACCCUCACUACCGCCCUGGACACCGCCCACACUCUACCUCGUCCCGUCCACCUCACCCUUAACGCUCAUCUGGCCACGCUGCAGGAGGAAGCUACCACGCAAUACGGGUUGAACUGUCCUGAUCUGACCUGGCUGGAUGGUCAAGACUCCCAGGGGGUCACGGUGGCGCAGAUCAGUUCCAACCUUCACGGACACCCAAACCCUCGCCUACCAACACUGACCGAGGAAGACGACCCACCCAGCCUGACCUCCCCUGUCUUGUGCUCUCUUAACACACAUAAGAGUGAAAAUCUCAUAUAGUUUACUUAUGCUUAUUAUAGUCUUUGGACGUCAAUGCAAAGUGGCAGUGUAUCCACCAAGAUCCAUAUAAAUAUUAGUCUUAUUGAAGAUUAUUUAUAGUCUUUUAUAUUGCAUCAAUGUUUG